CCAAGCAAACUUUUCAUUCAUUUAUUUUUUAUCACAGGCCACAGUUGCAGCUUUUGCAGCCAGUGAGGGACAUGCCCAUCCUAGGGUGGUAGAACUUCCAAAAACUGAGGAGGGGCUCGGCUUCAAUGUAAUGGGUGGAAAGGAACAGAAUUCUCCGAUCUAUAUUUCUAGAAUUAUCCAAGGUGGAGUGGCAGAUAGACAUGGUGGCUUGAAGCGUGGUGAUCAAUUACUUUCUGUAAAUGGGGUUAGUGUGGAAGGAGAGCAUCAUGAAAAAGCUGUGGAACUUCUUAAACAGGCCAAAGGUACAGUAAGACUAGUGGUCCGAUACAAUCCCAGGGUUUUAGAAGAAAUGGAGGCAAGGUUUGACAAACAAAGGGUGUCAUCCAGAAGGAGACAGUCACCAUAGUAACCAUCACAACAACAUCAAUUCUUUUUUAAAAUACAUAAAACAUUGACAAUUAUCUGGGAUUUAGUUAAAGAAGUAUAUAUAUUGUACCUAGAUAGGAACAAAGUCACCAAGGAUGUAAUGGCUUGACAAUUGACAUUGAAUUUUGUGAUGUUCAAUAAGGAAUCAGUAAAAGGUUAGUGAUAUAGACUGAGGUAUGAUUAUUUGUGCUGUUGUAUGACAGAGAAUUUUAAAAGUGUAUUUAUUUGUAAAUCAGGAUUUCAUUUGUAAAUCAAGAUUCUCAUUCAUUUACUUGCAUUUUGUAAAUUUUUGCAAUAUAAAAGGCACAUGUACAUUUUUUUAAAUGGUAGACAGUUUACAAAUAGCAAAUGUAUUGUACAUAUAUACAAGUAUAUUGAAAAAAUAUGGCUUAUCUUAGAGUAGAAGAAAUAAAAAGUUUUAAUUUUA